UUUCAAGUACAUUCAAGUACUUUCAAGUACAUUCAAGGUCGAUCAAAUGACCUUUUAACUUCUUGGCCUUUGUUUUUUUAAAUCUGGCUUUCAUAUUAGAAAUAUUUUAAAAGUCACUCAGGACAGGUAUAAUUGCUGAGCUCUUGACUGAAGGCCUGAAAAGAUGACUCUCUUUUUACAUAGCCAAUGUUUUUGAACCGCGAAGAGAAAAACAGCAGCAUUUCUUUAGACAGAGUUUCUUACAGCUUAUCCAGCAUAGGUAACACAACUUGUGACGAUGGAGUCGGAUAAUUCUGACAAUGAAGUAGACAAUGCCCAAGCAGAUCAAGAUGCGGAGGGAUUACAAGAAGACGGGGAGAAUGAGAAUCCUGACUCAGAUGCGGAGGGUGAGGAUUCAGACAAGGAAGAAGCAGCGGAAGAUAAGCCGGGUGAUGCUGACUCAGUUGAAAAAGAGCCGCCUCCAGUGAUUGACAGGGCCACUCAAACUCAACAUUUCCCACUGAGAGAGAAGGGCUGCCAAAUAGAGCCUCCUCAGUGCUACACCUUCGCGGCAACUGCAAAUCAGUGGAAAUUUGAGCAUGCAUACAAAAGCUUUCGGAAGAAGCAGAGCGAUAAAGGGAAGCCUAAAUCCAAAGAGCCAGUGAAAGAUGUGGACGCCGUCUUGAAGAAGGGCUAUAAUGCCAACAGAGUGGCCAAAAUAGCCAAGACCAUUGAACGAAUGCUCCACCAGAACACAUUCGAUGACCUCGCGCAGGACUUCAAAUACUAUGAGGAUGCUGCCGAUGAGUUCAGGGGACAAGAAGGUACUCUUCUUCCCUUGUGGAAGUUCCAUUAUAACAAGGCGAAGAGACUUUCUGUCACUGCCCUCUGCUGGAAUAAGAAAUAUAAUGACCUGUUUGGCGUGGGGAUGGGCUCUGAUGACUUCAGUAAACAAGGCAAUGGAAUGCUCAUUUUCUAUACUUUGAAGAACUCCACCUUUCCGGAGUACAUCUUCCCGACGGCGUCCAGUGUCCUGUGCUUGGACAUCCAUGCCCAGAGGUCUUACCUGGUGGCAGUGGGUCUGUAUGAUGGCUAUGUGGCAGUGUACAACUUGCGGAAGAAAGGGACGGACCCUGUGUACAGGAGCACUCCUGAGACUGGGAAGCAUACCGACCCAGUUUGGGAGGUUCGUUGGCAAGCCGACGAUAUGGCCAACAACCCUACUUUCUGCUCUAUAUCCGCUGACGGAAGAGUCGUCUCCUGGACACUGGUGAAGAACGAACUGGCCUAUAGGGACAUUAUCAGGCUUCCAGCAGAUGGCGUUUUUGCCAAAGGCCCUGAGGACGCUGAGACGAUCAGCAACGUUCGUGGCACAUCUUUCGACUUCCACAAGGAAAUUGACAAUUUCUUCCUAGUUGGCACCGAGGAAGGAAAAAUACACAUGUGCUCCAAAAUGUACUCGAGCCAGUUUCUGGAAACCUUUGAGGCACACACGAUGCCGGUGGAUACAAUAAAGUGGAACACCUACCACCCAAAGGUUUUCAUGUCAUGCAGCUCAGACUGGACUAUCAAGAUCUGGGACUACACCAUCAACACACCGAUGCUUACUUUUGACCUGGGUUCUGCCGUCGCUAACGUCGCUUGGGCCCCGUACUCCUCUACUGUGUUUGCCGCCGUCUCAAUCGAUGGCAAAGUCACAGUUUACGAUCUAAGCCUCAAUAAGUACGACCCCCUUUGCCAACAGCAGGUGGUAGCCAAAAAGAUCAAACUGACCUCCAUAGAGUUUAACCCAGUCGAGCCUCUCAUCAUUGUCGGGGAUGAUCGGAGUUAUGUCACCAGCCUCAAACUUUCUCCAAAUCUCAGAAAAGGACCCAAGGGGGAGAAAGGUCAGGAAAUGCCCAAAGGCCCUGAAGCUGAACUUGCCAAGAUGGAGAAGUUACUCAGCUCUCUUAGGGAACAAGAUCAGAACAACUGAGAUGUUAGCAAGACAAACGCGUAUCUUCCUUCAUCUGCGAAUGCAAUUCAGCACUGUCACUGUCCAUCACACCAGAGGGUAGCCACCCAUCACAGAUUCAUACUAGAGCCACCGCCUCCAUGUUGGAAGGUGGCCAUAUAGCUUAAGAAUGCCAGAGGAUACCGAGCAAUAAUGACCAUCUGAAUCACCACUUUUGGUGGAUGUCUGAUUUUGGACAGGACAAGGAAACGUGUCCAGGGAACAAGAAAGACCAAAAGCAUGUAUCCAUAUACUGAAAGUAUUGCA